AUGAUAUCCUCUCGCAACAUUCGCUUACAAAAGAAGAAGGGAGUUGAGGGCAGUCAAGGGCAAGCCGCGGCUCUCUUGGGGGAGCAGGAUCGAUUGGUGGUUGGGAAGGUCGACAAUGUCGUCCUCAGGGGGUUGGUGGAGGAUUGGGCCAAAGACUUAUAG